CUAAGAAUCGAGUCACACUACGAACAUUAAUUUCGAAGAAAAGUUUAUACUUGUUCUUUGUAAUAUAACAAUAACCAUGAUUUCACAUAAAAAUUUAAUAAUAUUAACAGUGCUAUUUGAAAUUACAAUAUUCAGUAACGGAGAAAAGACUACAGAAGAAAUAAAACAAUGCAAGAAACAUUUAGAAAUUAUGGGGUUUAAUCUUGAAUCUGGAUUUUAUAAUUAUAAUUAUGUAUUGCAAUUUGAAAACGUUGAAAAACUUAUAAAUCACGUGAAAACAAGAAUUACCGUUGAAAAUGGUACUAUUAAGCCUGUGCCCAAACAAACUGCGAUUGUUAAUGAUGUGACUUUACCAGGAACAAUUGGUCAUUUACAUACCAUUUAUAAGAAAAUUAAUGACGCAAGAGAUACCGAAUUGGAAGAAAUCAUAAUGACUCCAAAUCAAUUUUGUACUUUCUAUUAUGAACAUAGAGAAAAAAGUAAGCCAGCAUAAAAAUCGUUUUUAGAAUAAUUGCAUUAAAAUUUUAAGGGCGAUUUGCUACACCUAUGGUAAUCUGGUAAACUAGUAAAUCAGUGUUCCCAGUAGAAAAAUAAUUCCCAUUAUUCUAUUUUUCUAGCAAGUAGAUAGGCAAUUAUCUAUUUGUAAACACUGUAAAGGUGAUAAACAUAUUUAUGACAGUCUAUUAGUCAAAGGUCCGGGCAAAAAUGUAAAAAUUAACAACAACAGAGUUUACAAACAAAAAUAAUUAAACAUUUUUGUUAUAUAUGUGGAUGGUGUAUCGUUUUGCCUACAAAUUUAACAGAUUUUUUUUGUGUGUCUCUUCUGAUUAUUCUAUGUUUGUAGAUUAAAUAUAUUUAACUCAAAAACGUGAUAUCAGACAUAAAAGGAAAAAAAAAGCUCGUAAUUUUAAAUCCAAUGAAUCCCACAUGAUUUUGUAAUUUAAAAUGUAAAAGAUUAUCUAUUAUAAAUGUGAUACCUACUUAUCUGAAAUAAAAUACUAUUGACAAAAUAAAUUGUCUUAUUAUAAACUAUAGUACUCCAAAGUAAGUAAACUUAAAAUUCGUAUUUUAUUUUUUAUACAAUAUAAUUUAUCACAUAUACGAAAAUGUAUUAAUAAUUGUUGUUCGGAAAAAAUGCUAGUAAUUAAAGAAGUUAUAUUGAACAAUAUAGGUUCUUGAGACAACAAAAAAAUAUCUCACCCACCCCGUUACUGUAAAUCCAUUUUUAUAAUGAUAAAUGUCAAAGAUAACUAUGCAUAAAUAACACUACUCAGAUAAUAAUUUGUGUUAUAAUUACAGAUCGUAUAGGUAAGUCAGCAUAAAAUUCGUAUUUCUGUUUUAACAUAAAAAUGUAUCAAUAUAAAAUGAUUUAUUAAUUGUAAUUCGAACAAAUGUAUUGUAUUCAAAAAUUUGGAUUAAAUAUUAUGAUUGUAGGUAUAAACUACUACGAAUUAACUUGAGUAAAUUGAGAGUAAAUAAUUGACAUAUUGACAAACCAAUACCUAAGACUUGUAGGUACUGAUAUUUUAGUGAUUAGAUAUUUUAAAUUAGGUUAAUAUUAUACGUUGUAGUGGAAUGUUUGAAGUCUCAACAGUUUAUACUUAUUAAAUUACAAUAUCAAAAUGCAUACCCACAGAAGAAAAAUCAUUAUUUACUUAGAAUUAUCCAAUAUAUUUAUAACAUACUAUAUUAAAUCAUAGGUAUUUUUACUCUACAGACACUCUCUUUUUUUUAUUUAGAUAACUAUACUGAGAACGAUGGUUAAGCCAGAAUUUGGCGGUCGGAAUUAGUUUCGAAGUCAUGGCUUAAUGAAGUUCGCUAUUUUACGAUUUGUUUCGCUCUUACCUAGAAAUCCUUGCCCCUUCCCCCCAGGUUUGCUAUUUAAGUACUGGAAUAUUUGGAAGCCGAGCACCCAUCGAACGAAUGGUCGCAGGAUCUAGAGUUUGGUGACCGGAGCCGGUAUGCAAAAGGAAGUCUCUUGAUAUUUGCAACUGGACCUGUUGUCUAAUUAUCGCAAAAUUAGUUUUAAUCCAUUAGUAUAGUGUAUAGAUAAUUAGAGCAUUGAUCGUUUGUGUAAAAACUCAGAAUCUGAAACUUCCAUAGCAAAUAACUUCAAAAUGAAGUCUGGAUAUCUAAUAUUGAUAUCACAGUUGUUCUUAACUCGUUGAAGUACAUAGGAUUCAAAAAAAAACAAAAUCAAUAUUCGUAGCGGCAGUAACCUAAAGUAAUGCUCGAAUUCCUUAAAUUCGCAAAUAUAGCAUACUUCAUUAAGCUAUAACUUCAAGACUAUGUUUGACCGUGAAAUUCUGACUUCACUAUCAUUCUCAUUAUAGUUAAUUUAAUAAAUCUAAAAAAAAUAAAGGGUGUCCGGUAAAGUAACAAUGUUCCAAAUCAUAUUGUAACAUAUUAUCGUUAUUUUUAACUAGGUGGUAGGUACUGUAAGAAUAACUUAGAUUUAGACAAUCCAAAUAAUAUUUCAGGGAGAAGCAUUGUAUAGGCUUGUGAUUUAACCCUAGUUAACUCAAAACUGUGAUAUCAUAAAUAUUACAAUGUAAUCUGAUAUAACAAAAAUAAACCCAAUUUUUUCAUUGUAAAUCCAAUAGAUACAGUCUACAUUAUUUUAAUAUUUAAAAUUUGAAGGAAUAGGUACCAAUGUAAGGACAACAACUAACUUAAAUAAUACUUUAAAUACUGUUAUACUAUUUCAGGAGAAAAUAUUAAGCCAGCAUUAAAAUCUUAUUUUAAAAUAUUUAUAAUGGUGAUUUGCUAUGGUAAACUAGUGUUCCUGGUAGAAAAUUAAUUCCCAUUAUUCUUUAUUUCUAGCAAGUAGAUAGGCAAUUAUCUAUUUGUAAACACUGUAAAGGUGAUAAACAUAUUUAUGACAGUCUAUUAGUCAAAGGUCCGGGCAAAAAUGUAAAAAUUAACAACAACAGAGUUUACAAACAAAAAUAAUUAAACAUUUUUGUUAUAUAUGUGGAUGGUGUAUCGUUUUGCCUACAAAUUUAACAGAUUUUUUUUGUGUGUCACUUCUGAUUAUUCUGAGAUUGUAGAUUAAAUAUAUUUAACUCAAAAACGUGAUAUCAGACAUAAAAGGAAAAAAAAGCUCGUAAUUUUAAAUCCAAUGAAUCCCACAUGAUUUUGUAAUUUAAAAUGUAAAAGAUUAUAUAUUAUAAAUGUGAUACCUACUUAUCUGAACUAAAAUACUAUUGAAAUAAUAAAUUGUCUUAUUAUAAACUAUAGUACUCCAAAGUAAGUAAACUUAAAAUUCGUAUUUUAUUUUUUAUACAAUAUAAUUUAUCACAUAUACGAAAAUGUAUUAAUAAUUGUUGUUCGGAAAAAAUGCUAGUAAUUAAAGAAGUUAUAUUGAACAAUAUAGGUUCUUGAGACAACAAAAAAUAUCUCACCCACCCCGUUACUGUAAAACCAAUUUUAUAACAAUAAAUGUCAAAGAUAACUAUGCAUAAAUAACACUAUUCAGAUAAUAAUUUGUAUUAUAAUUCCAGAUCAUUUAGGUAAGUGAGCAUAAAAUUCGUAUUUUUGGUUUAACAAUGAAAUGUAUCAGUAUAAAAAAAAUUAUUAAUCGUAAUUCAAACAAAUUUCUUGUAUUUAUAAAAUUUGUAUUAAAUGUUAUGAUUGUAGGUAUAAACUACUACGAAUUAACUUGAGUAAAUUGAGAGUAAAUAAUUGCCAGCUUGACAAACCAAUACCUAAGACUUGUAGGUACUGAAAUUUUAGAGAUUAGAUAUUUUAUAUUAGGUUAAUAUGAUACGUUGUAGUGGAAUGUUUGAAGUCUCAACAGUUUAUACUUAUUAAAUUACAAUAUCAAAAUGCAUACCCACAGAAGAAAAAUCAUAAUUUACUUAGAAUUAUCCAAUAUAUUUAUAACAUACUAUAUUAAAUCAUAGGUAUUUUUACUCUACAGACACUCUCUUUUUUUUUAUUUAAAUAACUAUAAUACUGAGAACCUAGGCAUCCUUACCCCUCCUGGCCUCCCCCCAGGUUUACUAUUUAAUUACUGGCAUAUUUGGGAGCCGAGCAUCCAUCCAAUGAAUGGUCCGCAGCACCUCGAGUUUUGCGACCGGAGCCGGUAGGCGAAAGUGUAUAGAUAAUUAGAGCAUUGAUCGUAUGUGUAAAAACUCAGAAUCCGAAACUUCCAUAGCAUAUAACUUCAAAAUGAAGUCAGGGUAUCUAAUUUUGAUUGCACAGUCGUUCUUAACUCGUUGAAGUUCAUGCGUUUCAAAAAAAAA